UUCCCUCCCCUCAGAAGCUGCUAGGUCCACGACCCUAGAACUAAAUUUUAGGGUUGGCCGCAUUAACAGUUUGUAGCACGUUUCGCUACCUCCUCGUUUGAACUUCCGCACAGCGCGCUAUUCAUUGCACUUUCCUUACUCUAGUACUAAGGUUCACGGCGCUUCAGCUAGUGGCGCGUUUGGAAGUUUUCCUAGACGUUUAGCCGUGUGUCAUUGCCGUCCUGUGGUCCGUCACCCCAUUGCCCAUAAGCUGGUUUCCGCGUCAGCAUUGGUCUUUGCAUCUUGAAAGCCAUAUCACGCGGAGACGUUGAGUGGAAGCACUAGUCGAUCUGCUAUAUUCCCGUGACUUGUUAACCAGUCCGCAAGCCCCCUAGAAACCAGCUGCUUCGUAUUAGCGGUUCCCUGAGACGGGUGAACCGUCCGCGAGCCGUUCCCCGUCUCGUCUUCUUUUGAAGCUCCGAUAAAAGGCUCUUCGACAGUAGUGCACGGUCAUGACGGCUCGUCGCAAGUCGCUCGAGGUGCCAAUCCUCGUGCACAACCGUCCAUCGCUCACCAGCAAUGGCCUUAACAGCGUCGGUCGCGCCGCGGCUCCCAGAUACGGAGACCGGGAAGACGGCGACUGGCGUAGACUCGAGCAGCAGCAGCAGCAGCAGCAGCAGCAGCAGCAGCAGCAGCAACACACGCGGGACAGAAACGACGAGCAGCAGCAGCGGUGGCAGCCGGCACAGCAACCGGCCGCUGCUGACGGCGACGACUAUUAUGACGGCGGCGGUCGCGCGUCCGCGGUGUGUGACGACCUAGCCAGCAGCGGCGGCAGCGGGAGCAGCGACGUGUGGGAGGGCGCAGAGGACGGGUACGAGGGGGAGAGGGACCCGCGCGCCGAUAUGAGCUGGGUGCGGUCGGUGGUGGGGCCUGACUCGGAGGAGACCGUUUGGGUGAAGAUAGCGCUGAUUGGAGACGCGGAUUGCGGCAAGUCGAGCUUCAUGGCCCGUCUAUUUGAAGACUGCGACAGCGACAGCAGCAGUAGCGUUGCAGGCACUGGCACCGCAGGGGGCGCUCCUGCAGGCAGCCGCAGCGCUGCUGCCAGUAGCGGAAACGGCAAUGGCGUUGCCAGCGUGCCCGCCAACCGCAGCAGCAGCAGCACUAGCAGCGCCGCUGGCACCCGUGGCAGCGGCAGCGGCAGCGGGGGGAUAGCGGGUGGAGGACUGUCAAGCGGGCAAGGGCAGUUUCCCACAGGCGCAGGGGGAGGGGUAUGGUCGGCGGCGUAUGCGCCUACAGUGGGCGUGGACUGCCACCACCGCACCAUCGCCCUGCCUGCGUCCCCCCCCGCCGCCAUCUCCAUCAGCUUCUGGGAACUCUCAGGGCGCCGGCACUUCGCCUCGCUGCUGCCCCUUGUGUGCAACGAUGCUGCAGCGCUGCUGCUCUUCUUCGACCUCACGCGCCCCUCCACUCUCCGCAGCAUCCAGUCUUGGUAUAUCGAGGCCCGGGCCCAAAACCAGUGCGCCCUGCCUGUGCUGGUCGGCACGAAGUUUGACCUCUUUAUGCUGCAGCCACAGGAGACCCAGCACCAGGUCACCAAGCAGGCUGUGCUGUCGGCGCGUGCCAUGCGCGCCCCUCUCGUGCUGUGCUCUGUGCCGCACCGAGUCAACAUGCACCGCGCCUUCCGCCUCAUCCUUUCCCGCCUCUUCAACCUGCCCUCACCUCCCCAGCCCUGCACCACCCCCGGCGAGCCUCUCCUCUUCGCAUGACUCCGAUUUUUCUCGAGGCGCAUCAACAACAGAAUCGUCACCCCAUGACUCCAAGUUUCGGAAACCUCAAGUUGCAUUCUCUGCACCUGCCUGGAGCUGUGCAGUUCUUUAGGGGUUCACAUGCGACAACUGUUUCACAUGUGCCUAGUGCCGCUCCUCCUUGCAAGUCCUACACCUCUAUCUAUCCUUGGGCUUCGCAUGGGCCUCCUCUCUCCCCUCCUUCCUGCACCAUCCAUUCACCCACUGCCCCUUUUCGAAUCGCCUCCAACCCUUCACAUCGCCUGUGCCUGCUCCUCCCCCUGCACCAGCUGCUGCUGCUGUUGUUUCUGCUCCUGCUGCUGCUGCUUCUGCUGCUGCUAAUUCAAGUUGGUCGUUUGAAGUGCGCCCGUGUUAGCUGUCUGCCCUGCACGGACCUGCUCUCGACCCCAUCCCCUGCGCUGCCUGCUGCUGCUCCCUCCCAGCCCCUGUACCUCCUCUAGCAAGGGCUCCACUGAGCCUACUUCGGCUUCCUUCCUUCCUACCGGUUUGACUCGUGCCCCAUCAACCAUUCUCUCCUGUGGCUCAUUCGCUGGAGAGUCCAGUCGUCCUCAUCCUCACUCUCCCGCAUCCCUCCCUGCCAAGGCGCGGGAGGGAAUGUCCGCCAGCAUCUGAGGGGCAGCAAGCGGACGCAGUUUGUCGGUCAGACUGUCUGUCUGUCUAACUCGUGCUAACGUUUCGCAUCUUGGCCCUAGCGUUUCUACAGUGAUUCACCACCAUUUUACUUUCUGGUUUGCCUUCAGCCGUUUGACGCAAACGUGCUUGUGCCUGUUGUUGGGAAACAAGGGAACAGAAGCCCCAAUUCGGACUGACUGGAUGUUCCAAUUCCGGGUCUAGGGGAGUGAUGCUGUUGGCUACUGACCUGACUGACUGUACUUGGCCCUGCUUGCAUUCACACAUAGUGCGUAGUACUAG